GAUAAAUCGUGAACAUGCAAACCAAUGGAUUAAUUUGAUUCGUUUGGUUUUGGGGUUGAAGUUGAGGGGUGUCGCUGGGGAAAACUGUCCAUAUUUCCAACCUGGCUGCUGAGCGAAGGACUGUUGCAAUGCCAUCCCAUUCAACAUUUUUGGUGCUUUGUGGAAGAGGGAUGCUGGAAUGAAGUUGAGCACUAUGGGGUUCUCCAGUUUGGUUCUUCUGACUCUUCCAGCUCUCCUUACCCUCAUCAGCAACUCACAUGCAGCAGAGAAAGUGCCCAUACUGAACAUUGCUGUGAUCCUGGGUCAAACACGCUACAUCUCAGACAGAGAUAUACGAGCUCUGUGGAGCAAAGAUGAUCCCAUUGACGUCAACGUCGUGACCCUGCUAGUGAAUGAGACGGACCCCAAAAGCAUAAUUACACAUGUGUGCGAUCUUAUGUCCGGGACUAAAAUCCAUGGGGUGGUGUUUGGGGACGGCACAGACCAGGAAGCCAUCGCCCAGAUUUUGGAUUUUAUUUCCUCUCAGACUUUGAUACCCAUCCUGGGGAUCCAUGGGGGCUCGUCCAUGAUCAUGGCGGAUAAGGAUGUGAAAUCAACAUUCUUCCAGUUUGGGGCCUCAAUCCAGCAGGAGGCACUGCUCAUGCUCAACAUCAUGGAAGAGUAUGACUGGCAUGUCUUCUCCAUUGUGACCAGCAAGUUCCCAGGAUACCAGGAUUUCAUUACCAUUCUGAAGACCACAGUGGACAACAGCUUUGUGGGUUGGGACCUUCAGCACACAAUCACUUUUGAUGCAGUAGACGGGGACUCUCGAACCCAGAUUCAGCUAAAGAAGGUGCAGUCUCCAGUCAUCCUGUUGUUCUGCUCCAAGGACGAAGCAUUUUAUAUACUGGAGGAGGCUCGUUCACUGGGACUUACCGGAUAUGGCUACAUAUGGAUCGUGCCUAGUCUGACCACGGGUAAUCCGGAAAUAACACCAGAUUCGUUUCCCUCUGGAAUGAUCUCUGUAUCCUACGAUGACUGGGACUAUCCUCUGGAGGCGAGGGUCCGAGAUGGGCUUGGGAUUAUAACUACAGCUGCUGCAGCCAUGUUGGAAGAGUUUGGGGAUAUUCCAGAGGCCAAAACGAGUUGCUAUGGCCAAAUGGAGAAAGCGAAGUUGCCACCCAGCGCAUUACACAAGUACAUGAUGAACGUGACUUGGGAGAGCAGAGAUUUGUCCUUCACUGAGAACGGUUACCAAGUGCAUCCCAAACUGGUGGUGAUUGUUUUGAACAAAGACAGAGAGUGGGAAAAGAUGGGCAAAUGGGAGAACCAGAGUUUGACUUUGAAAUUUCCGGUGUGGCCACGCUUCAACUCUUACGGCGACGCUGAGACGGAUGACAACCACCUGAACAUUGUAACAUUGGAAGAGAAGCCUUUUGUCAUCGUGGAGAACGUGGAGCGUCUCACGGGCACCUGCAUGAGAAACUCUGUCCCCUGCCGCAAACACAUCAAAGACAAUACCACCGUGGGAGGAGGAACAUACAUUAAAAAGUGCUGCAAAGGCUUCUGCAUCGAUAUCCUAAAGAAGAUUGCACGGAAUGUGAAGUUUACCUAUGAUCUUUAUCUAGUGACCAAUGGGAAGCAUGGGAAGAAGAUCAACAAUGUGUGGAAUGGCAUGGUGGGAGAGGUGUUGAACAAAAAAGCAGUCAUGGCUGUGGGCUCCCUGACAAUCAAUGAGGAGCGCUCAGAGGUCAUUGAUUUCUCUGUCCCUUUUGUGGAAACAGGGAUUAGUGUGAUGGUAUCCCGUAGCAACGGAACCGUAUCUCCAUCAGCGUUUUUAGAGCCCUUCAGUGCAUCUGUGUGGGUGAUGAUGUUUGUGAUGCUGCUGCUGGUCACUGCAAUGGCUGUCUUCAUGUUUGAGUACAUCAGCCCCUUAGGCUUCAACAGAAACCUAGCUCAGGGCAAAGAUCCCCAUGGACCAUCCUUCACAAUGGGGAAAGCAGUUUGGCUGUUGUGGGGUUUGGUAUUCAACAACUCUGUGCCAGUGCAAAACCCCAAAGGCACCACCAGUAAAUUCAUAGUGUCCAUCUGGGCCUUCUUUGCUGUCAUCUUCCUGGCCAGUUACACUGCUAACCUGGCCGCCUUCAUGAUCCAAGAGGAAUUUGUUGACCAAGUGACAGGUCUGAGCGACAAAAAGUUCCAGAGUCCAUACUCCUACUCCCCACCUUUCCGCUUUGGAACGGUUCCCAACGGAAGCACAGAAAGGAACAUCAGAAAGAACUACCCAGACAUGCACCAGUACAUGGUGAAGUACCAUCAGACCGGGGUGAAUGACGCGCUAGUCAGUCUGAAGACUGGCAAACUUGAUGCCUUCAUAUACGAUGCAGCUGUGCUGAAUUAUAUGGCCGGUAGGGAUGAGGGCUGUAAACUAGUGACUAUUGGUAGCGGUUACAUCUUUGCCACCACUGGCUAUGGCAUUGCCCUGCAGAAAGGCUCACUUUGGAAGCGUCCAGUUGAUCUGGCCAUCCUUGCUAUUAUCGGAGAUGGUGAGAUGGAGGAGUUGGAGGCUCAGUGGCUGACUGGGAUCUGCCACAAUGAGAAGAAUGAGGUGAUGAGCAGCCAGCUGGAUGUGGACAACAUGGCUGGAGUGUUCUACAUGCUGGCGACCGCCAUGGGUCUCAGCCUCAUUACCUUUGUCUGGGAGCACCUGUUCUACUGGAGACUCAGAUACUGCUUCACUGGCAUCUGCUCGGGCACACCUGGCCUGCUCUUUAGCAUCAGCAGGGGUAUAUGGAGUUGCAUUCAUGGUGUCCAUAUUGACAUGAAAAAGAAGUCAUCUGACUUGGACUUCAGUCCACAGUCCAACAUGCUUAAGCUAAUCAAGUCUGCCAAACAGAUGACUAACAUUACCAACCUCAGCGGCUCCAGGAUCAACUCCCCUAAACGUGGCGGUGAGUUCAUGCACUCGGCCAGCCCCAUGAUCAUGGACAUGAUGUCAGAGAAAGGGAACUUCAUCUACACUGACAAUCGCAGCUACGCCCAAAAGGAUAUUUAUGGAGACUCCAGCGACUUGCAGGCUUAUCUGACCAAUCGCCACAAAGACCACCUGAACAACUACAUCUUCCAGGGUCAACACCCCCUCACCCUCAAUGAAUCAAACCCCAAUACGGUAGAGGUGGCGGUGAGCGCAGACACAUCCCAGACCAAUGCGAAACCCCGGGCUCUGUGGAAAAAAUCAGUGGAUACAUUGCGUCAAACCCCUGGGCCUGAUACUUUGGCCCCAGACCCCCGUCUGUCCAUGAAGAGUCAGAGGUACCUGCCAGAGGAUGCGGCAAACUCUGAUAUCUCAGACUGCUCAAGCAGGGCCACCUCCUACAAAGAUCCUGACAAUAACAAGCACCUGAAGCCCAAGGAUAACUUAAAAAAAAGAUCGAUGACGUCAAAAUACCCUAGGGAUUGCAGUGAAGUAGAGCUGUCCUACUUAAAAAAUAAGCAGGGCGGAACAGGCCGGGAUAAAAUCUACACCAUAGACUCUGACCGGGAGCUGAGUCUGCACUCAGAGCUACAGCACUACAGAGAAGGCAGAGGCCUCACAACCGACGAUUUGGAUUUUGCUGAAAUUUACUCCGACCACAAUGACAAUUAUAGGAAAUGUGACCAGCCCAUCAUCCAUCUAAACAGCAGCCCACUGCAUCAAAGCAACUCCGACCUCCUGCCAGACAAUGUCUACAACAAACACUACAGCUUGAAAGAGAAAAAUCUCAGUUCGCAAGAAAGCAACGACCGUUUCAAACAGACUCACUGCCGAAGCUGUCUUUCCAAGGUGCCCAACUACAGCACUGGGCCGUAUGCCCCUGUACGCUCCCCAUAUAACCGGUGUGAGGCUUGCCUCCACAUGGGCAACCUGUAUGACAUCAGUGAGGACCAGAUGCUGCAGGAGGCCAUGAUCAGCCCUAGCAAGCACCAUGAUGACAUAUUCAGCCACUAUUGGCCUCAGACGGAUGGGCCGCACGUACAGAGGAGGAACAGACUGAGGCUCAGCCGUCAGCAUUCCUUUGACAAUAUCAUGCUUGAGAAGCCCAAAGAGAUUGACCUGAAUCGGCCGGCGCGGAGCGUCAGCCUAAAAGAGAAGGACCGCUUCCUUGAGGACAGCCCUUAUGCGAACAUGUAUAACAACAAGGCUGACAAACUGUUUGGCAGCAGGUCCAUGCUCUUUAACCGAAACCUGGAGGACAGCAAGCGUAGCAAAUCACUUUACCCUGAUCACCCCACAGACAACCCCUUCAUGCAAUCUAUACGGGACGACACUCGCCUAGUCCAUGGCAGGAGCUCGUCGGACAUUUACAAACUAUUGGCUCCAAUCAAAACCAGAAAUGAGAAUAAUCUGAGGUCCUCUGUGAAGUCCACCACCUCAUUCUGUUCCAGGGAUGAUCGAAUACCCAAUGACAUGUACAUUUCAGAGCAUGUAAUGCCUUACGUAGCCAACAAGACUAGUGCAUACUCAGCUCCCCGGGUUCUCAACUCUUCGCAGUUUAGCAAUAGACGAGUAUAUAAGAAAAUACCUAGUCUCGAGUCAGACGUUUAAUGCUUUUUGUGUAGUUUAAAUAUUUACUCACUUAGAAUGCCACAGUCACCUACAUCUAAAAAGUACCCAAGGACUCUCUUUGCAGAUAUCACUUUUCUUAUAUGAGUGAAUCAGCCUGGAUUGCACUUUCCAAAGGUUUCAACAUUUUAGGACACCUGCCAGGCAACUAAUUGUUGAAAUACAGUCAAGU